AUGUCAUUCUCCUUAUCUGACCCAGACUUCGCUCUGAUACUCAAUGGAAUCAAUCAAUCUCCCGCCAAAAUCUUACCGAAAUCGGCAGAUUCUGCAGAAACGGCCAGGCCAUCUCUGGAGCAAACUGUGGGGACGAUACCGAAUGGUGGAACUGCUUCCCCACCCGAAUCACCCCUCCGAGAAUCAUCCUCCAGGAGUCAACAAAAUCUAUUGACGGCUCGAAACGGUCCUGUCAACGCAGAAGCUGGCGGAUCAAGAUCGAGAUCACCAAGUAGAUCAAGAUUAUCGCCAAACGACUCAGUGUCCCCGAAAUAUCUUCGGACACGUCAACCUAGUGCAGAGUCUACCAUGUCUAUCAGUUCGAGAUUAGGCCCGGAGAGCUCGUUCUCGACUCUCGCAGAGGUGUUGGCGAGUGCGAAACAUAAUGGUCAAGAGACAGUACAUAUGGAUGUGACGGUUUUGACGGCUAUGUUGAAUGAGGCGGAAGAGUUGAAAGAGAAGAUAGCGGCUUUGAAUAGGAAAUACACUGGGGCUAAGCGCACGAGCCAACAAUACAGCGAAGGACUCACAGUCGCCGGAGAGGAAUACGACAAAGAGGUUGUUCUCCGUCGUGAGCUCGAAGCGGAGAUCUCUCGACUCCGGGCUCAAGUCCAUAGCCAAACGGCUAGAUUGUCGGUGAUAUCUGGUGAUGAAAGACGACAGGAGAAUAUGCGACGGAGGAGUAAUGAUUUGGCGAAUAACUUGACUGGUUUGGAGAGGGAUAUCUCGAGGUUGAGAGCUCAGAGGGAUAUGACUUUGGCUGAAGUUGAGGAAUUGCAUGCGAAGCGGAAGAGUCUCGAUGUCCCGAACGAAGAUGCCGCAUCCCUACUUGGCCAAUCCCUCACUCAUCGACUGGACACCAUCAAAGAAGCUUAUCGAGAAGAACUAGAACCUCUCACUGCGCAACGAGAAGCUCUCUUACGUGAAAUCGCCGAACUUCGCGAGUCACGAGAACAAUUCCUGGAAGAGUCCGCCGCUCUUUCAGCUAAAAAUGAAGAAUUAGCAGAAUUGAACGCUUCUUUAACCCGUCAAGCAGAUGUUUUACAAGAUACAAUCAUCCGACAACGUCCCACCAUCUUUUCUAAAUCCUCACGAGGAGGUUUAGGUCAUCCUGCCGCAUCACCAAGUAUGUCUAGUCUCACCACUGCUGCGUCUACGUUACAUGAAGUACCUGAAGAAACUGCUAGAGUCGUCAAAGCUUCUAAACCGGAAAGUAUAGAAGCUGUACCGGCUAGAAGGUUUAAAUGGUACGGUUAUAAAUCUUCUAAAGGACCAGAAGCUAGUUCUGCAAGUGCUAGUAUAAGUAAACCGAUAUUGUUGAAAAAUGGGAAUACUCAGAGACCUAGUACAGAAUUUGGAAUGAGGGAUCAUCAAUUUAGUCAACAUUCCACCAUGAGGUUUACUAAAUGUGAGGUAUGUGGGGAGAAGAUGUGGGGUUUACAAGAGGUUAAAUGUCAACUUUGCGGAGUCAUAUGUCAUUCGAAAUGUGGCGAAAAACUUCCUCGGUCUUGUCCCGGCAUACGUCCAGCACAAGAUAAUGAUGGUCCUAUCCCUCCGUCAAUGUUCGGUAGAGACCUCAUUGAGCAGGUCCAAACGGACAAGACGACAGUCCCUGUGUUAGUGACCAAAUGUAUUGAGGCUGUCGAAGCUGUCGGCAUGGAGUACGAAGGUAUCUACCGGAAAACAGGCGGAUCAUCACAAUCGAAACAAAUAACAGUUUUAUUCGAAAGAGGUGAUUAUGACGCUUUUGAUCUUGCCGAUGUGGAAGCUUUCAACGAUGUUUCAAGUAUCACAAGUGUGCUGAAAACGUAUUUCCGCUCGUUACCGAAUCCACUUUUGACACAUGAUCUACAUGAAAGUUUCGUUGCUGCUGCUACAAUCCGUGACUCUCACAACAAACAUGGUGCCCUCUGCGCGUUACUCAAGGAACUACCAAAGGAACACUAUGCCACGCUCAAGACUCUCAUGUUACAUCUUAACAGAGUGACGAGUUAUGCGAAUGUGAAUUUGAUGACCAGUCAGAAUCUCGGUGUGGUCUUUGGUCCCACGCUCAUGCGUUCAUCCGACCCCACACGAGAAUUUGGCGAUAUGGCCGGCAAAGCUUUAUCUGUACAAUGGAUGAUCGACAAUGCUCCUCAGGUCUUUACGGAGGCUUGA